GGCGGGAAACCGCACUGCGCUAGGUGAAUGAGCGCUUAGGUUAGCGAGGAUUCGCGGCGGGAGGCCGGUCUGGCGACAACACCCGAGCCGUUUCCCCUGUUGCUUCAUUCCUUAAAGCCGCCUUCUCCUGCGGCGCCAUUUCCAAAUAAUUUCCAUGUACACGGACCCCGUUCCGCCGCCAUGUUGGAGGCCGUGCUCCGCUCCGAGGUUUAAAGAACAGUGACUGCUGUUACUAUACUUGAACUGAAGGCAAAGAAAACCUUUAAGUUUUAGCUGGGACUAAACAGUUACUCCACAGCUUCAGUAUGAGGAAGGGGAGAGGAAGAACAAGCCGCAUCAGAAGGCGGAAAUACAGAGGUUCUGAAUCAAGGGGAGUGACUGAGAGCCACAAACCUGAAUUUAUAGAGCUUAAGAAGUGGCUGAAAGAUCGGAAGUUUGAAGAUACAAACUUAGUACCGGCUUGUUUUCCAGGUACCGGCAGAGGACUGAUGAGCAGAACCUCCCUGCGGAAGGGGCAGGUGAUAAUUUCGCUCCCUGAGAGCUGCCUGCUCACCACAGAGACAGUGAUGAGAAGCCGCCUGGGCGUGUACAUCGCCAGGUGGCAGCCCCCUUUGUCUCCAGUGCUGGCUCUGUGCACCUUCCUGGUUUUCGAGAAGCAUGUGGGCCUGCGCUCAUCCUGGAAACCCUACUUGGAUGUCUUACCCACGACCUACACCUGCCCUGUAUGCCUCGCUCCCAAUGUGGUGGCACUUCUUCCUGAGCCCCUGCGGGUCCAGGCCCAAGAGCAGAGGGCCCGUGUGCAGGGCCUGUUUACAGCAUCCAGGGGCUUUUUCUCGUCCCUGCAGCCACUGUUUCCCCAAGACCCUGUGGACAGUGUCUUCACCAAGGCAGUUUUCCGCUGGGCCUGGUGCACGGUCAACACCCGUGCAGUGUAUGUGAAGCCCAUGGCCCAGCCCGGCUGCUCCCCCGAGCCAGACACAUCUGCGCUGGCCCCUUUCCUGGAUCUGCUGAACCACAGCCCACAUGUGCAGGUCAAAGCCGCAUUUAAUGAGGAAAGUCGCUGUUAUGAAAUCCAGCUGGCUUCAGACUGUAGAAAGCACCAGGAGGUUUUCAUCUGCUACGGCCCUCACGACAACCGCCGGCUGCUUCUGGAAUAUGGCUUUGUGGCCACCCACAACCCUCACGCCAGCGUCCCCGUUGUUCUGGAUACUCUCGUGAAAUAUCUUCCAUCAGCGGAUAAACAAAUGAGCAAAAAGAUUUCCAUUUUACGGGAUCAUGACUUCAUAGAAAACUUGACGUUUGGAUGGGACGGGCCAUCUUGGAGGCUGCUCACUGCUCUCAAAUUGUUAUGCCUGCAGGCUGGGGAGUUUACUUGCUGGAAAAAAGUACUUAUUGGGGAGACCAUCUCAGAUGCCAACGAGAAGGCAAGUUUGGAUGUAGCCCAGAAAAUAUGCAACUAUAUCAUAGAGGAGACGAAUGCUGUGCUUCAGAAGGUGUGUUUCUAAGCCUAUGCGUUUAUCUUUUAUUUUUGUUUGUUUGUUUUCUGGGCAUGGCUCCGUGCUCAAAAAUCACUCUGGCAGACUCAGGUGACCAUAUGGGAUGCCCAGGAUCGAACCUGGAUCACCCAUGUGCAAGGCAAAUAUCCUACCCACAGUAUUUUCACACGGGUAUGUUAUUGCUCUAGCUGAGAUUUGGUUUUGUUUGGUUUGUUUUUUGGGUCAUACCUGAAAAUGCUCAGUAUUUACUCCUAGCUUGGCACUCAGGAAUUAGUCCAGGCGGUGCUCAGGGGUAUAUCUGUGGGAUGCCAGGAUUUGAACCUAGAUCAGCUG